AAUAAAACAAACAAAAUUAGCAAUGACUUUGUAUUGUAUAUUUGGGAUGUGAUACUGAGCUGGAAAGAAUGGAGCUGGUUCUGAAGGACUUCUGAGAACCUAGCUUUUGCCAUUCUUUUUAGUCCUUUCUAAACAGCCACAUAUCCAAAGUUCCAGUCACGUUUUUUCUUUCCCCAUAAAGGGGCUUCAGAGAUGAAGCCCUCUAGACUCUGUCCUCUUCUUUCUCCAAGGAGUCAGUGUCCCAGACACACAGCCACAGGUGGGAAGACAGAAUUAGAAGCCCCUGCCUGGCCUGGAAUCACCUGUACCCCAGAUUUUUCUAAUUUCCUUUUCCCUCCAGGCCCUGCAACUGCAGAUUCAAUGAGUCAUACAGACACUCGGUCUCUCUCACUUUGUGGAUACCCAGUCUACAAAUCACAGGGUGUUUUGCCCCCCGUACUUAAACUGAUUAACGAAAUAUUUAUUAUGAUGUCCCCAUGUAGACUUUCUCCAUGCCACCUCCCUUCACUGGCCAUGUGGGUAAAGGGGUGGUAGAAAAAGGAAGGGAAGCUGGCUGACAGUAGCGCUGAGAGGAUUGGGGGUGGGGAGGACCUUGGCCUCUUUCUGUGCUUAUAACUGGAUCUGUGACUCAUCUGGUGACUCACUCAGCUCCACCUCCCUCCUCCAGCUGCCCCUCCCGGCAGCCUUCUCUCCUCACACAAACCUGCAACCAGACCAGGAUUCUGAAAAUGGAAAAGUCUGAUACAGCCCCUUGUCUCUCUACCCUUCCUUUCAUCCACUAACCCUCCACUGGAUGUGUGUGGGGUGGUGAGAGUGGUUCUCCUGUUACUUAACCCUCAGCUGCUGCCCCCUUUGCAUUCCUGGUUGGAUGCUGAUCCAAGUCACCCAUUUUUUUUUCUGUCCCUGACUUUUCCCCCAUUCCCUUGAUGUUUUUUCUCUUUAUUCCUCUGCUGCUCCUACAUCUCAAAGUAUUAAAGAAUAGAAUGAGGCUCUUAAAUGAAGGAGGGUGAGGAAAAGAAAAGUGGAUAAUGAGAUUUUAAAAUUGUGGUACACACCUCUUCCCAUUGCAACAGACCUUGGGACGUAUUGUCUUCCCCCAAGAGAAUGAGGCCCGUGUAAUGUAGGUGGGAGUCGGGGUGCUUGGUAGCUUUUAGGACUUCUAGAAUCAGGCUUCAGGGCCACCUUCCUAGCAGGUGUAUGUCUCUUUGUUCCAGAUAGACUUCCUGUCUCACAACACCUUCACUAUUUCCACAGUUGCAGCCAAGACAGGGAACCAGUAAAGCUGAGGCCGGAAGGGUGUGUACGCUGAGGGGAGGAGAGAGUUGAAUGUCACUGUGCAAAACUGAGGCCCCCACCUAAGGAUUGCUGCCUCUGUACAGACUCAAAAUCAAUAAAACAGCAGCUCAAUAACUCUUACUUUGUAUUUGAUUUCCUGUCUUUUUCAUAUCUAAAAGUAGAUUUUCGAAUUCCUACCCCCAGUCACCAUCAGCCACAGUUCCUUUACUUCCUUUCUGUGCCUUCCCCACCAUCUUCGCUUGUUGAGUUGCAGGAGGGAGGGUGGGGGAUGGGGUUGUUGAACUGAACAGAGGUUUCCAGCCCUCAGCUUUCCAAGUCCUGAACAUGAAUCAUUAAUUUGGAGAUUUGGUGUCUGGGUUUGGAGGGAGUGAACCAGUUGGUUGGGAUGGGUUUGUGUGUGUGUUUGUGUGUGUUUGAUGGAUUAAGUGGUAAGAUCUUUACCUUGGCCCGCCCAUCCCCACCCCAAGAACUUGCACAUAAAUAUAUUUCAGUUUCUCUCCCUACUUUUCCACUGCACCCUAUACAUGAGGUAUGUCUCAUGAUCCCUGGAGAAGGAUACACAAAAACACCUUAACUUGCCCCCCUCUCCAAUUCUUGUGCCUCACCAGGCAAAAAAUUCACUGAGGUCUAAUUUCCAUUUGCUGCUUCUCAACCACUUUUGUUAGGUCCACCAGGGAGGCAGUAAAUAGGCCUGAACUACUUUUGCAUUCCUCCCACCCCCUCUAUUCCCUCCCCCACCCCCUUUAAGAAGAGAGAAGAAAACCGAGCUUCCCAGGGAAGCCAUCACUGAGCGAAUCCAGAGAAGUGGCCCAAAUUAUUCCAGUUUAAUACUCAGUAUUACUGUUCCCCUCAGACAGUCUCCAAUGCUCAUGAACAGGAAGAGAAUAGGAUCUGGGAUUGGGGUGAAGGGAAGCUGGGUACUUUUUUCCCAGUUCCCCAUUUUGUCCUCACCUUUCUCAGGCUCCUCCACUUCCUCUUCACUUUUCCAAAAUUGUGUGUAUUCUCCUUUAAGGGGCUGGGCAUCUCUCCCGCCCUCUCCAGAGUCAACUGAAGUUUCCGAGGAGCCUCCUCUGGCUGGGCUGGACACACCUUUCAAAAGACCCCAAAUCGUGCUCCGUGCACCUCAAACACUCCUUUCCUUUGGGCCCUCCCCCUCGCCCUGACUUGCCUCCUCUCAACUACAAGAUUCAGCCUCUCCCCAAGGAGUUGAGCAUCCUCGAGGUUUCCUACUCUUAACUGCUCCGUCCCCGGAUGGAGCCAGAGAAAUGUGGUGGGGGGGCCGGGGCCAGAGUUUCAACAUCGCCCCCCAGAAGGAGGAGCCAGAGAUGGGGCUCUCCGGACCAAAGUCUGUUCAGGGGAGUCGGAUGCCGGAGCGCAGGAGUCGUCAGCUUGGCAGUUGCAUGUCCUCUGGAUGCCUCCCAGGGGAACAGAUCCUAGCAUGGGCCCCAGGGAUGAGGAAGGGGCUGGAACCUGAAUUGCCUGGAACCCUGAUCUGCACCAACUUGAGGGUCACCUUCCAGCCCUGUGGAUGGCAGCGGAGUCAGGAGACUCCCCUGAGCAGUGAAUAUGAUUUUGCCCUGGUCAACGUUGGGCGAGUAGAGGCUGUAAGUGGCCUGUCCCGAAUCCAGCUCCUCCGUCCAGGGUCCCUGCUUAAAUUUAUUCCUGAGGAGAUUCUGAUUCACGGCCGAGACUUCCGGCUGCUCAGAGUUGGUUUUGAGGCUGGAGGACUAGAGCCUCAGGCCUUUCAGGUGACCAUGGCCAUUGUCCAAGCCAGAGCUCAGAGCAGGCAAGCCCAACAGUAUGCAGGGAUAACCCUGAGCAAGGCUGGCCAGAGGUCUAGCUCCAGAAAACCACCUAUUCCCCUCUUGGAGAUAUUAGAAGACUGGGAGACUGAGCGGAAAAAGCAGGGGGCCAAGGGCUGGAGGGUCAGCACCGUCAAUGAGAGGUUCGACGUAGCCACCAGCCUCCCCCGUUACUUCUGGGUCCCUAACCGAACUCUGGAUAAUGAGAUCAGGAGAGCAUUUGGCCACUUCCAUCAGGGCCGUGGACCGCGCCUGUCCUGGCAUCACCCUGGGGGCAGUGAUCUUCUCCGCUGUGGUGGCUUCUAUACAGCCAGUGACCCUAACAAGGAGGACAUCAGAACAGUGGAGUUGAUGCUCCAGGCUGGGCAUUCAGAUGUUGUCCUGGUAGACACAAUGGAUGAGCUGCCUAGUCUUGCAGAUGUCCAACUUGCUCACUUGAGGCUGAGGGACCUCUGCCUACCUGAUUCAUCUGUAGCUGAGGAUAAAUGGCUCUCAGCCCUGGAAGGAACACGAUGGUUGGAUUAUGUCAGGUCUUGUCUUCGAAAGGCCAGUGACAUUUCAGUCCUAGUGACAUCCAGGGUUCGCUCUGUAGUACUUCAAGAGCGCGGUGAUCGUGAUUUCAAUGGCCUCCUCUCUUCACUCGUCCAGCUGCUUUCAGCCCCUGAAGCCCGAACACUGCUUGGCUUCCAAUCACUAGUACAGCGAGAGUGGGUGGCAGCUGGACAUCCUUUCCUGACCCGACUUGGGGGAACUGGGGCCAGUGAAGAGGCCCCAGUGUUUCUCCUUUUCCUUGAUUGCGUCUGGCAGCUCCUCCAGCAGUUUCCAGCUGAGUUUGAAUUCUCUGAGUUUUUCCUUCUUGCUCUUCAAGACAGUGUCAGGGUUCCUGACACCCUUACAUUCUUGAGAGACACUCCCUGGGAGCGUGGAAAGCAGAGUGGACAGCUCAACUCCUAUACACAAGUCUAUACCCCGGGGUACUCCCAGCCCUCAGCUGGGAAUUCUGUUAACCAAAAGCUGUCUGUCUGGGACUGGGAUUUACGCUACAGCAAUGAACAGAUACUACAAUUCCAUAAUCCUGGCUAUGACCCAGAACACUGCCCAGGUUCCUGGCUCCCUAGACAGCAGCCAAGCUUCAUGGUUCCUGGACCCCCCAGUUCUGUGUGGCUCUUCUCUAGAGGGGCCCUGACCCCCCUGCAUCAGCUCUGCCCUUGGCGGGACAGUCCGUCCCUGCUUGCAGUCUCUUCUCGUUGGCUCCCUCGACCUGCCAUCUCCUCAGAAAGUCUGGCUGAUCAGGAGUGGGGGCUCCCUUCACAUUGGGGAGCUUGCCCUUUACCACCAGGGCUGUUGCUGCCUGGAUAUCUCGGACCCCAGAUCAGGCUCUGGAGACGCUGCUACCUGAGGGGAAGGCCUGAGGUCCAGAUGGGCCUCUCAGCUCCCACAGUCUCUGGCCUCCAGGAUGAGCUAUCCCAUCUUCAGGAGCUAUUAAGGAAAUGGACACCAAGAAUAUCUCCUGAGGAUCACUCCAAGAAAAGAGAUCCAAACACCAUUCUCCCCAAUCCUGUUGAAACUGCUGGCUUCCUCAUGGGCAGGGCAGAGGGCAUCUGAGAUGAUGGAGGGUUCCCUCUAAUCUUUCAGUUUUUCUUAUCUAGUCAUGCUGCCUCAGCUUUCACACUCCAGCCCUUAACAAGCUCACAGACUUGAGCUUUCAUUGCAGAUGUGUGGUGCUAACCUUCUCCAACUCUUGUCCUCAUUUGUUUCUUGUGAUUUGAAGAAUUAAGAAACAAUCCAGAGUAUGAUCGCCUCUUUUUUUCAGGGAAAUUGCAUGCCUUUUGGAUAUCCAACUGUUAAAUUGUGAGAUCAGAGAUGCUGUUCAGCAGUCCCAAGAUGGCCUACAGACUUCAUUCAUCACCUCCUCUUGCAGCUUCUUUAAUUCCAGUUUCUAUUUCUUCCUUUAUAGUUUUCUAUGGGCAUGGGGUGGAUAUGGGAGACACCCUGUCUCUUCCAAUUGUGUAUUUUUGUAGUGACAUUUCUAUUAAGGAGUUCAUUAAAGCACAGUAUUUAUACACA